AUGUCUGUUCAAACUGUACAAGUACCCGAUGAAAUUACUCCCAUCAACAAAGCAGAACAAUAUUUCAAUGAAGAAGAUAAGCGAGGCAAAUACUCACUUAGUAUAGCAUCAUGUAGUCUCAUUAACAUUCGUUCCAAUACAAAACUGUACCGUCGUAUGGCUAUCAAAACACGUAAUAAGGAAACACAAAUGACAUAUGCUAGAUAUUUACUUCAGAUAUCCAAGCUUUAUGCCAAGGACAAUACCACCAAAAAUGUUGCUGAAAGUCCUGCCGAAACAAGACAUCGGUUGCUCUCGGAAGCCGGAUACUGGAUUGAACGACUGGCUAAAGCUGGACACCCUGAGGCGUUGUUUAUUAAAGGAAGAUGGCAUGUAUUAGGUCCCUCGGCGGAAGACUGUACAAUCCAAGGAUAUGAAAAGGUGCAAGAAGCAAAAGCAUUUAAAUGCUUUCUUGCUGCCUCGAAAGCUGGUUGGGUGGAUGCUCAUUAUGAACUGGCUCAUUUAUGGAAAAGACGUGGGAAUAACACAAAAGCAAUUCAGUGCUACGAAAGAGGGGCUAGAGAAAAACAUACAUUGUCUAUAUAUAAAAUGGCCAAAAUUUUGUUACGGGGACAACUUCAAAAAAAGCGAGAUAUUCCAAAAGGUCUCGCAUUUCUUAAGCAAGCGGCUGACAUGGAUGAUGAUGCCAGUGCUGAACCUGCAUUUGUGCUUGGAUGUAUCCAUGCGAAUGAAUUCGAUCGUAUUGGUAUUCAAAGUCCAGUUAAUUAUAGCCUUGCGCUCAAGUAUUUAAAGAAAUCUGCUGAACGUGGUUACCCCGAUGCAAUCUAUUUUAUGGGUCAAGUCUCGGAAACGGGUAUGCUCGGCCAGCUCUGUGAUUCAUGGCAAGCCUAUCAACAUUACAUGAAGGCAGCCGAAGUAAAACAUGCUGGAGCCAUGCUUGAUUUAUCUCGUAUAUAUUCUCAGGGUAUUUCGGGUUUAUUAGCCGCACAAAAGGAUAUGGCAUUCAAGUGGUGUAAGAGGUCCGCCGAUCUGGGGUUUGACCAAGCCGAAUAUGUAUUGGGGUAA